AUGUCUGCACAAGAUACCAACCAAAGCUUCAAGCUCGAAAAUGUCUUUAAUGUCAAGGAUAGAGUGGCUCUUAUCACCGGCGGUGGGUCUGGGAUUGGUCUAAUGGCCACUCAGUCACUAGCAGUCAACGGUGCCAAGGUGUACAUCACCGGUCGCACGGGUGAGAAACUCGAGCGGGUGGCAGAAUUAUACGGAAAAAAUAUCCCUGGCCAAAUUAUCCCAAUCACGGCCGAUAUCACCUCCAAGGAGUCAAUUAAGAAGCUUGUUGACGAGAUUUCUUCGAAGGAGUCUAAGCUGGAUGUUUUGAUCAACAAUGCCGGCAUUAGCUCCACGACUUAUGAGACGGAACGCGAAGAUCCGAAGGCACUCCAAGAAGAACUCUUCCACAACAAGAGCACGCUCGAAGAAUGGGAAGACGUGAUGCGAACCAAUGUCACGCAGCUGUUCUUCACAACCUCCGCCUUCCUACCCUUACUCAGCAAGAGCACAGAGACACAACAUGGCUGGUCCAGCACUGUGAUUAACAUUACCUCCAUUUCGGGUAUCAUCAAGGGAGCUCAACAUCACUUCGCCUACAACGCUAGCAAAGCAGCUGCUAUUCAUUUGACUAAAAUGCUAGCACACGAGAUCAUGACCUCCAACCUCAAGAUCCGUGUGAACAAUAUCGCCCCAGGUGUCUUCCCAUCGGAGAUGACGGCCAAGGAAAGUGAUGACAAACAGAAGAGCUCGAUUCCCAAAGAGAAGUACGAGUCUAAGGUCCCUGCUUCACGCCCUGGAAAGGAUGAGGAUAUGGCAGGCGCCGUGCUUUUUACUGUUGCCAACCAAUACCUCAAUGGACAGACUAUUGUCGUUGAUGGUGGAUAUGUUUUGGCCACUGGAACUGUUUAA